AAGCUCGUCAGCCUGGGCGGCUCCGGCUCGCGCGGCGGUGUGUACCUCGGCGCGGCGGACAGCGGCGUGGCCCCCCCUCCCCUACCCCGCCCGCACCAUGUGGGCGCCGGGGCUGUGGGUGCUGCUGGGCGCCGUGGGCACCGGUUCGGCACAACUGCUGUUUAAUGCAACCAAGUCCGUUAAUCUAUCCACUUGUAACGAAAGUGCCAUCCUGCCUUGCAUAGUAAAUAAUCUAGCAUUCCACAGUGCUGGUGACAUGUUUGUCAAGUGGAAAUUUAACGGAAUAGAAUUUUUCACAUUUGAUGGAUUCAGCAAGAAAUUACACAGAAGUGGCAAUUUUUCAUCUGCUAAUUUUGCAUCUGAGAAGGAUUUACCCAAGGGUAUUGCCUCUUUGUCAAUCUUAGCAGCACAAGCACGUCCUGGAAACUACGCCUGUGAAGUAACAGAAUCGAAUAGGGAAGGAGAAAUUGUAGUUGAACUUAAAAUCUCUGUAGGGAAUGAAUCGGACUGCCAAGACCGCCUGCCAUGCCCGUCUGGAAGCUGGUUUCCUCCAGUCGAAAGUGUUUUCAUCAUACUCUUCCUGUUUUUGGCUAUUAUUUUUUCUUGGGCUCAGUUAUGUGUAGUUGCAUCAAAAUUUGAAAUUGGACUUGGAAAGAAGGUUGGCUUGAUUAUUACAGGAAGCAUCAUAGUAAUUGCUGGUGUUGUUGGUGCUAUUCUUUUAGUCCCUGAUGGGUAUACACCAAAGAAUCGAGCUGGACUUGGUUUACUUGUAGUCCCUGCUGUGAUUUUUCUGCCAUUACAGUACCUUCUGCUUGGAAUAGUUUUUGAGAACCAUUUAAGCCCAUCUGCACUUGUUCUGGUGGCUUUGAAAUCACUUGGCUACAUAAUCGCUGUGGUUGGAUUUGCCCUGUGCGUCUCAGCUUGUCCUCCAGCACAGGGUUCUGUUGUGAUUGCUGGCUUAGCCAUUAUGGCCUUUGCAGCAUUGAUUUCCUUGGCUUAUGUUUGUAUUGGUUCCAACACGAAAGAUCAUCAACCUCCAAGGAAAUCUGUAGAAGAACCACUUAAUGAUGCGAAAGGAGUGAUGUUGGAAUGAUGAAUAACUUGUAGAAGGUGAUGGAAUCUGCUACAGAGAUGGUGAUAUGUGGAAAAGAAACACACUUGUUCAUACACCGUGGCCUUGACGAUGCACUGCUCAAAGAGAAGAAAAUCAGGAAACUAGUUGUUUUGCAUGUGUGGAAAAAGUGCUGAAAUGAUUUCCAUGAUGUAAUUUUAUAGUCACAGCAGCUUAGAGAGAAACAUGUGUUGUAUACCCACAUGAGUUAAUACUUUUCUGUUUUUGGUUUGUGUUGGGUGGGCAAGUGUGAGCAUACAAAAAGUACUCUUUGCCUACCACAAGAUGCUCCCAAUAGUGCCAGUGUUAGUGGUAUCCUUGUCAAAAAACCCAUCACCAGUCACUGCUUUGAGAGUGGGCCAGACCAGGCCCAAAGGCAGUAAUAGCAUUUAAACUAUUAGUAUUUUUAUUUGUGUGCAUGGGCAAGGUAAGUUCAUGCUUUUAUAGUAUAAAUGGGAUGGUGGUUAUCGUACAAAUAUUGCUCCUCCCACUUUCAGCAAAACAUUAGGAAAAAAUUGUUCUUGUAAUUACACACACACAAUGACAUCAACAAGAGCUUUAUUCCCAAGCUUUUUUUAAAAAAGACUAUCCAAGUCAUCCUUCUCCCACAUGCUAGUAACUCCUCUGUAUAGACAGUAGUCACGUGUGCUUUGGUGAGCAAUAUUUCUUAGUCCAAUGAGAGUUUUCUGUGCCUCUUUUUGUAUUGUUUGAUUCAGUAGUACUCAACUGUUAGAGCCAGAUUCAGCCCAGGAGUUACAGAUUAUUGAUUCCCAUGCUGAAUGUGGCCCUUAAUGUUCAUACUGUACAGUGUGUGGUACUGGGACAAAUCUUAGGCUUUUUCUUAACAAGCUGAAAUUUUAAAACUGACUGAUGUUUCUUCAGAAGAAUAAGAAUCAUUCUCUAGCAGUAAUGCCACAUUUCAAAAGAGAGAGUUGGAUUUUUUUUGCCAAGAGUACACGUGUAGAAGCAGAAACUAAAUUACAGUUCAUAAGUUUGUGAUUCCACUGGUCUUUCACAAACAGUCUGUUUCAAGUAAAAAGUAGCAGCAGCUGAUGUAUGCAAGUGUCACAGAUAAAGAAUCAAUUAUAAGUUAUGUAGAGUCAGGUCUUCAUGAUUUGUGCAUUUCAAGGGACCUUCUCUUUUUUAACCCAUUUCAACAGUUUUCCCAGAAUAACUUAUAAGAAAGCAUCUUUCUCCCUCAUGAGAACAGUUUGUUUAAAAGUUCUUAACAAUUGCCUCUGUUUAUGCCAUUAUAGGACAGUUUGAUGAAAUGUCAUCAUUUAAUAGAAUUUUGAGACGCACAUUUCUGUAGGUUCCCUGUGGUUUGACAAGGUUAAAAGCCAGAAUGUUUGGUUGAUGCAUUACAUUCAGGUGGUAUAUUUACAUUGUAGAGCCUUUUAUAGAAAUCCAUUCCAAGGACUCGGGGGCAUGUGGCAAAUAGAUACAGGGACCUUCCUUUAAAUGGGAUUAACUUGAGCAGGUUGGGGAAGUCUGAUCCUAUAGUCUUCACACACAAAUAAUCCCAGUGCACAGGCUGUAAGGAAACCCAAGAUGCAGCCCUCCUGGGAUAUCAGUGAGAUUAAUCAUAUGUGUCACAGUUAUUUAUGUGAGUACAUGUUUAAGGACUGGGCAGCAUUUUUCAUUGAAGGAUCUGUAUACAUUUGUUUUACAUCCAUAUGCAAAUGCUUUGGUUUGGCCUCCAUCAUUGUAGCAAUCCAUAUACAUCUGGGAGACACUUGAUCAUUAAUGGGAGUCAGUACAGGGAUUUCACUGCCAUUUCCAGCUCAUCUUCAGUUAUGGAUUUCCCUCUUGUGAUUUAUAGGCUACAAGUUCUGCAGUUCACUGCUUUAGUAAGCUUUGAAAACCGGAAUGCUGUUGUGAUUGUUUUGUCUUAGCAAACUGGUAUGCUUAGUUAUUGUAAAGCUAUUUGUAUGUGGAAGGGCAGACUGCAGCAGAAUCACAAGUUUUGUAGCCUCUGUUGUGGUGAGGCCAAAUUCUUUUAACAGAUUAUUUAACUGACUCUGUUCCUCGUUCUGUUCAUGUGCACUAAUUGUUUUAGGAAGUGAAAAACCCACCAUGCUGCUGUGUGUAAGGGCUCUGCUUUGGGUUUCUGUUAGGUACCAGUUAAAAAGUGUGUUAUUUUCAGAAAGUCAAUUAAUUAACAUUUCCCCACCAGUAAUUUAAAAACCAAAGUUGUUUAUGACUGUGCGAUUCCAAUUUUUGUGUAUAUAUUAAACCAAAUCCUCUCUAUUUGACACUUUGAGUCUUUGCAAUCUUUACCCAAAAAGACAUUUUUAUUUAUGAAGCAUAAUUUUUGUAAAUAUUGUGCUAAUAUAAUACUUAAAAUAAAACCAUUUUAAAUUGUU